AUGAGGGAUCGGCAGGUGACAGGACGGUUGCAUGCCUGUCCUCAAUCUGAAGCUGCCCUGCAUAGAUUCAGGAGGAAGCGGGUGGAAUCAGCUUAACCUCUUCUCUUUUUCUCCUUAAUUUUCACCUUUAUUCUCUCUUUCUUUUCACACUGGAAGAAGAGGACACCGGAGUGUAUUUGUUUUUCUUCUGUUUUCUCAAACUCUAAAAAUAUUUCAAGUGGCUUCAGGAUAGUUGCUAGGUGAAACAGGAAAGCUACUAAAUGCAGCAUGGGGUCUCAUGAGUCAUACAAUUUCGUCUUCAAAGUGGUUUUAAUAGGAGAGUCUGGCGUAGGAAAGAGCAACCUUCUGUCUCGCUUCACUAAGAAUGAGUUUAAUCAUGACAGUCGCACCACUAUCGGCGUGGAGUUCAGCACGCGGACCGUACAGCUGGAGAACUACACCAUCAAGGCCCAAAUCUGGGACACAGCCGGGCUGGAGCGCUACAGGGCUAUCACCUCAGCGUAUUACAGGGGAGCAGUAGGAGCUCUGUUGGUUUACGACAUUAGCAAGCACCUGACCUACGAGAGUGCGGAUCGAUGGUUGAAAGAGCUGUUCGACCAUGCAGACCCUCACAUCGUGGUCAUGCUGGUGGGAAACAAGAGAGACCUGGAGAACCUCAGGACCGUUCCUAUAGAGGAAGCCAAAGACUUUGCAGAGAAGAGAGGUCUCAUGUACAUGGAGACGUCAGCGUUGGACUCCACUAAUGUCGAGCAUGCUUUCAAUGAAGUCCUCACAGCCAUCCACAAGAAGGUGGCCAGCAGAGAGGUGACCCGUGGCUCCAUCAGUGCUGUAACCCUGUCCAACCCCCUCGGGCUCGGCGAUGAGCAGGAAGAGCGCAGAGGCUGCUGCAAGAGCUCCUAACAGACUGCUGCCCCGUUAAGAUCUGACCGCAAUGAACACACAAAACGCUUGACUGCCUUUGAAGCUUAAGCUUGAAAUCCUUCACAGCCCAUUUGAAGAGCGAGGUACUUGCUUGACACCAAGCUGUCAGUGUACAAACUUCCUCAAUAACAAAACUCUACAGAAUAUUCCGCAAAUAUUGAGAAAAUCCUUAUUUUAUACAUAACAUUUUAUUUUAUAUACUGCUUGUGGUGGCUAAUGGGUACGUUUUACUACAGAUAGCUGUUCAAUUUUGUUUUCCCUAUCCUCAUGUUUUUAAAGAGGCUUUGUAAAGUUGUUUUGCUUUUAUGAAGAAAUGCACUGGGAUUCCCUUGGAAUAAAUUAUUUAUGGUAUUCUGUCUGCAUGUAAUUACCGCACAAAGACAUUAGACACUUUAUCUUAACUAGAUGUGGGAAUAGGAGAGGGGGCUGAUGUGAGAUAAAGACAAAGUCAGAAGCUUUACUUUAAUAAAAGUUGUGAUUCCCCAA